UCUUUAACCAUGCCAUUCUGUGCCUGACCCCCCUCUCUCUCUCCCCCCUCUCUGUGCUCUCUCCCCUCUUCCUUUUUUAAACUCCUUUUACUGUUCAUGCUCCUGUUCCCCAGUGUUAACUCUCCACUUCCAGUGCCCUUUUGCAGAAAAAUAGAAAUCUAAGUAAAGAAAAGUAAGCGAAACCACCAUUCUCUCUCUCUCUCUCUCUUUCUCAUUCUCCCUCUCUCUUUCUUGUUGUAUUAGUUUUAUUUGUGGAUUCAUUUUGACCGUGAGUAAAGAGAAAAAACAGGGGGAAGACGUAAAGGAUGCAGUCAGGCCUAGAGUAUACUUCUCUCCCUGAUCACAUCCAGCAGAUCAUAUCAUCCAGAUCUGGCCUCCAUCACCUCUCCCCACAGCCCUUCUUCAACCUCAACCCCGUUAUUGACACGGAAGAGCACCACCAUCACCACCAAAUUGAGAAUUCUUCAGGCCACGAGCUGCAUCUGCUGCACCACUUCCACCAGCAUGGCCUUGUGCAGGACCCAAUUGGAGGUCACCAUGAGAAGCCCGCUGCUGUUAGCGGCAUGGAAGAAGAACAAGGAGAGGAAGGAGAGGGCGAAGAUCAGGAAGAAAGGUGUGCUGCGGCUUCGGAAAUUGGAGGGGAGAAGCCUCUCCACGAGCACACAAACAGGUGGCCUAGGGAGGAGACUCUAGCGCUCUUGAAGAUCAGAUCCAGUGUGGAAGCAACCAUCCGCGACUCAAAUUUCAAAGGAACCGUUUGGGAACAUGUUUCAAGGAAGCUUGCAGAGCUCGGAUUUAACCGAAGUGCGAAGAAAUGCAAGGAAAAAUUCGAGAAUGUGACCAAGUACUACAAGAAAACAAAGAACACGGGGAGGCAGGAUGGGAAGAGUUACAGGUUCUACUCCGAGCUUGAGACCCUAUUCAACAACAAUGGCAGCAGCAACAAUUCUAAGCUUGGUGCUUCUGCAAGCGAAGAGCAGACGCUGGCCUUAGAGAAGAAUCACGUUGAUGGCACAUCGGAGGAGGAGACGCUCGAGAACCCAUUGCUUCAAGAUGGAUCUGCGGGCGAGAACACGAGCAAGAAGCGGAGGAAGGGGCAAAACUUUGAAGCAAUGAAGGGCCUAUGCGAGGAUAUGGUGAAGAAGAUGAUGGCACAGCAGGAGGCGCUGCAGAGGAGGUUCCUGGAGGCUGUUGAGAGGAGGGACCAGGAGAGAAUGGAGAGGGAGGAGGCGUGGAAGAGGCAGGAGAUGGCAAGGCUGAAUAAGGAAACUGAGAUGAGGACACAAGAACAAGCCCUUGCAUCAAGUAGAGAGGCGACGAUUAUAAGCUUCUUGAAGAGGUUGACACAAGACAACAUCCAUUUGGAGGGUUCCCUACCAAGCUUUGAAGAGGCACAUUCCGGGCCUACCCCCAACCUUAACCCUCUCUUUGACCCAGAACCAGACCCAGCUCCAAUCAGCACACCAGGUGAUGUGAGCUUGGACCUGCAGGGACUAGACGCCAAUGGCAGAAGCGGAGCAGGCCCCCUUAAGAGGUGGCCGAGCUCUGAGGUCUGUGCUCUGAUAAAGCUCAGGUGCAAGCAUGAAGAGAAGUUCAGGGACGGCAACUCCAAAGGGUCGCUAUGGGAGAGAAUAUCCCAAGAGAUGAUGCAGAUGGGAUACAUGAGAAGCGCCAAGAGGUGCAAGGAGAAGUGGGAGAACAUCAACAAGUAUUUCAGGAAGACCAAUGGUGCGGCCAAGUUGCGGCCUCCCGACUCCAAGACCUGCCCCUACUUCCACCAGCUGAGCAGCCUGUACCAGAAUGGGGUCCUCUCAUUCCCUAAGCAGGAGGAGCAACCACACAGCUCGAAGGUGCUGGAAAAGUGCUCGGAGAAAGGAGUUGCGGCCGAGAGUGGAUCGGCCGAAGCGACGGAGUCGUCGGACUAUGUUGGUGGGAUGAUGCAUAUGGAUGGUGGCGAUAAUCUGGAUGGUAUGGAGGCUCAAUCUUCUCUGAUGGAAAUGGUGUGCAAGCUCUCCUCCAACUACGAUGGUGCUGUCUGAGUCUCUCUCUCUCUCUCUCUCUCUCUCUCUCUCUCUCUUUCCCCUUCUCUGUGGGAGCAUCAAAGGUUGCCAAUAUGCAAUAUUUGGUAUAUGGGUGUUGAGGUAAUAACGUAUUGUUUUGGAAGCUACAGAAGAACAGAAAACUUUGAAUGUGUGUUUGUUUCAUUCAGCUGGAAAAAAGGGAGAAAAGCAAAAGAAAAACAAGAAAGAGCGUGCUUGUUGCUA